GCCAAGUGAUUUUAAUAUUGCUAAUUAGUUACCAAUUAGUAUUGUUACCGCAAGUGUCUUUAUUGAAACCAUUUUUUUUCGAUAGUAAUUUAACCUCGGAUUCGAUUUCGUGAUUGAAAAUACAAAUUAUGAAUUAUUUUUUCUGUUGUUUUUUAUGUGAGAUGUGACUUUUAAAAAAGGCGGUAACAUUUUGAAAAAGACAUUUUUUGGUUCAAAAUUAAACGCGGCAAAAUGCACGUGCUCUGGUUGCAUGCAGUGGUUAUCGCUGCAUGUUUUGUAAGCACCAUCAAUGGAAGACCUACCGACACCAAGUACAUUAACCAGUUUGAUCUGUUCGGGCUAUGGGGGGCCGCGCCUCCUCCUCCUCCAAAGGUGACCAGGGCCGUUAUCAAACAGGAGAAGGACGAAGAAACAUUACAUGGAGAGUGUCAUCUGGUUCCACAUGUUCGAAACUCUCGUCAAAUAUCUGAUGUGUUCGGAACAAUUCAGCUGAUUCAAAAGGUAAAGAGCGGCGAGGCCGGUCCGUUGCGAGUGUCAGUUCGGAUUGACGGGAUGCCCACGGUGGGAAUGUGGGGCAAGUUUUACAAGCUCGAAGUGCACAAAUAUGGCGACGUCACACGGGGAUGUAGGGCAGUGGGCCCUAUACACUCUACACAAGCGACGAGCGGUCACCUUGGUGACUUCAUCAGCAACAUGUACGGCGAGGUAAAUAUGGACAUCAACGACGCCGCAUCCACUCUCUAUGGCAACGGAUCCAUAUUCGGGAGGUCCAUUGUGAUGACCGGGAUGUUCACGCAAGAUCCUCUCGGCUGUUGUGUUGUAGUCCGAGACAGACCGAGCCAUGAGUUUGCCCGUGGCCCAGAGAUACCAACCUUGAAGCAGGAAGUAAUUUCUAUUCCUCGUCCUAACGUAUCUUCUACUGUCCGAGACAGACCGAACCAUGAGUUUGCCCGUGGCCCAGAGAUACCAACCUUGAAGCAGGAAGUAAUUUCUAUUCCUCGUCCUAACGUAUCUUCUUCUGUCCGAGACAGACUAAGCCAUGAUUUUUCCCGUGGCCCAGAGCUUCCCACAUUGAAACAAGAAGUAAUCUCUGUUCCUCGUGUUACUGUUUCUUCAACUAGCGACAAUGCGAGAUCUUCUCCAAUACAGCCAUUAUCGGCAGUUUACCCUCAAACUAUAACAAGAAGCGGUGCUAAAAGUAAAAUUGAAACCCGAGUGCUGUCCGGUACAAAUUCGGACGUCACAUAUUCAACAGUAGGUGGAAACGUUAUAAAAACACAAACCUAUGUUAAUCCUGUCGAAACGUUACAAUUUUUGCCUGUUCUUACGGCCGCUACUUUAGACGGUGGCUAUGAUGUUGCUUUUGAUAUUGAUAACGUAUUAGCCGUUCCCGAUACCGUUGAAGAAGUAAUAGACAAUAUGAAAGAUUUAGCAAGUGACGCAGUUGAUACGGUCAAAGAUAUCGUUGAUGUUCCUGACAUUAUAGACGAUAUUAAAGACUCUCAAGAAGACAUAAAUGAGUUUGUCAAAAGUGAUAUUGAACUUCCCGGUGUUGUGGAAGAAGUCGUUGAAAAUGCAAGAGAUAAAAUAGAGGAAAUUAUUGAUUUAGAAGAAGGCGGAGAUGGAAUCGAAGAUGGUCUGUUAGAGGAUAUGGAUGUUCAAGACAUCAUCGACGGAGAUAAAAGUAUUGAUCCAUUUUACAAACCUGGCCAAAAUGACGACGACGACGACGAUGAUGAUGAUGAUGAUGAUGAUGUAGAUGAAAUAAAAACCCUUGUGAAGACAGAUGAAAUGGACGCUAUUGUAGAAAAUAUCUUUGAAGAUAAAAUAGCCGAUAUCGUAGAUGACUCUGUAGAACACAUUAAAGAUGUACUAAAGGCAGAUGAUGAUGAUGAUGAUGAUGAUGAUGAUGAUGAUGAUGAUGAUGAUGAUGAUGAUAAAUUAAAAACCCUUGUGAAGACAGAUGACAUGGCCGAUAUUGUAGAAGAUACAUUUGUAGAUAAAGUAUCCGAUAUCGUAGAUGACUCUGUAGAACACAUUAAAGAUGUACUAAAGGCAGAUGAUGAUGAUGAUGAUGAUGAUGAUGAUGAUGAUGAUGAUGAUGAAUUAAAAACCCUUGUGAAGACAGAUGACAUGGCCGAUAUUGUAGAAGAUACAUUUGCAGAUAAAAUAUCCGAUAUCGUAGAUGACUCUGUAGAACACAUUAAAGAUGAACUAAAGGCAGAUGAUGAUGAUGAUGAUGAUGAUGAUGAUGAUGAUGAUGAUGAUGAUGAUAAAUUAAAAGCCCUUGUGAAGACAGAUGACAUGGCCGAUAUUGUAGAAGAUACAUUUGUAGAUAAAAUAGCCAAUGUCGUAGAUAACUCUGUAGAACACAUUAAAGAUGUACUAAAAGCAGAUGAUGCUGACGAUGACAUCAACGAGGACGACGUAGGUGAUAACGUGCAAAUCAUCGAUGAUAUAAAAGACGGACAGAUAGUUCCAGGAAGUUUCAUUCCAAUAUCUGACCUAUCUUUUAAAAAUAUGUUUGAUAAUGUAAAUUUUGGAAUAAAUGACGAAGCUUCAAUAACAUUUAAACCUAAAGAUAUUCAAAACAAAGUGAACGACACUUUAAUUAAAGCACAUAAUAAUAUCGACGAUUCAGUUGAAGAUAGCAUCGACAACAUUGAGAAUGUGUUAGAGAAAAUAGUGGACAAAAAUGAUGACAUCACUGAUAGCAUAGAUGAUAGGGAAUUUAAAUCGGAUGACCUAGGAGUUGACGAUGCGGAUGAGAACAUUGAUGAAUUGCCGGAUAUUUUCGAAGAUUCAUUAGAAAUCGUCAAAGACAAUGUUGCUGAUGCGCUGGACAUUUUUGAAGACGCAGAUGGUUUAGAAAAUUCAUUGACAUUGAAUAACGAAUUUUCUGAAACGGAUUCAAUGUCAGAUGUUAUCGAAGAUGCAAUCGAUGAAACAGAAAAUGAAAUAUCCGAUUCUUUUGACACCCCUGAAGACCCAAUCGAUGUUGUAGCAGACAACUUGGUAGAUUCUUUUGAAAAUACUCUCGAUAUUGCAGACGAUAUCACAGACAAUGUAAAAGAUGUUGUUUCCGAUACCCUUGAAAACAUAGAAACCAUUGCAGAUAAUUUGGAAGAUGAUGUUGAUAUCAAAAUUGAUGCUACGGAAGAUGCCAUCGACAAUAUGAUUGAUGAUGUUUCCGAUUCCUUUGAAAACAUUGACACCCAAAUCGAAACCAUUUCAGAUUCCAUUGGAGAUGUUGUUGAUAACACGUUCGAUGCAACGGAAGAUACCAUAGAUAAAAUGAUUGAUGUCAUCUCCGAUACCUUGGAAAACAUAGAUACCCAUAUCGAAACAGUGUCGGAUACCAUGGAAGAUGUUGUUGAUAACACACUCGAUGCAACAGAAGAUGCCGUAGACAAUAUAAUUGAUGAUAUUCCCGAUUCUUUUGAAAAUAUAGAUACCCCUAUGGAAACAGUGUCGGAUACCAUGGAAGAUGUCUUUGAUAACACAAUCGAUGCAACAGAAGAUGUCAUAGACAAUAUGAUCGAUGAUAUUCCGGAUUCUUUUGAAAACGCAGAUACCCCGAUGGAAACAGUGUCGAACACCAUGGAAGAUGUCGUUGAUAACACACUCGAUGCAACAGAAGGUGUCAUAGACAAUAUAAUUGAUGAUAUUCCCGAUUCUUUUGAAUAUAUGGAUACCCCAAUCGAAACAGUGUCGGAUACCAUGGAAGAUGUCGUUGAUAACACACUCGAUGCAGCAGAAGGUGUCAUAGACAAUAUGAUUGAUGAUAUUCCGGAUUCUUUUGAAAAUACAGAUACCCAAAUAGUAACAGUGUCAGAUACCAUGGAAGAUGCUGUUGAUAAUACACUCGAUGCAGCAGAAGGUGUCAUAGACAAUAUAAAAGAUGAUGUUUCCAAUUCGUUUGAAAAAAUAGAAACCCCGAUGGAAUCCAUAUCAGAUAUAAUGGCAGAUGUUGUUGAUAAUCCAAUCAACGAUGCAACAGAAAUUAUGCUAGAUUCGGCUGAAAGUGUAGCGAACCCAAUAAAUUUUGUUACUGAUACGAUGGAUGAUACUGCUGAAAAUAUUGAAAAGAUUGUCGAACACACGAAUGACAUUGUGGCUGAAAGUAUUGACACGGUCGGAAACGCAGUCGAAAUAGUUCAAGACACUGCCAAUAACAUUGUUGACAACUCUGUAGAUUCAAUGCAAGAUGUAAUGGACAUUCCAACAGAAGGAGUAAAAGAUAUGGUACAAGAUGCAGUUGAUAAUACUGUUGAAUUUACAGCAGAUGUUGUCGACAAAACAGUUGAUAUUGCUACCGAAACCUUUGAUUCCGUUGGAAAUACAGCUGAAAUCAUUAAAGACACUGUUAAAGACGCUACAGAAGUUGCAGCAGACUCAAUUGAUACGAUGCAUGAAGUAGCAAACGAUAAUGUAGAUACUUCUCUAAAUAUGGUUGAAAAUGUAAUAGGAGAAUGAUUUAUUUUCAUGAUUUUGACGCUGUUUUAU